AUGAUCCAUAAGCGACGAUACUUUGCUUGGGCAGGCGACGCAGACACCUCGCCGGCUCGCACCGCUCUGCGGUCUGCCAUGAGAACCAUUGCCUCCGCCAUGUCACCUCAGUUCUGCGACAUUGUGCAAAUCAUGUAUGCUUUGACGCGGCGCAUGCUCAAAACACAGGACGCAUGCGGCGAGACUGGUCUGCCAUGGAUGGCAAGACCAAAGCCGCCGCAGGAGCAGCAGAAGAUUGACCACGAGCGCAUCCAAGCUUGGCUUUUGCUCGCCUACUAUGAUGUUUUACGAAAUUAUGGGAUUCAGGCCUUGGUCACUGCCAGGCGAGCCUUCCGCCUUCUUCAGCUCUCUGGACUGUAUAAGAUGGACGCCCACAGGAGCCAUAUCAGUACUUCGCCUGCUGAGACGAGCUGGAAUGCGCAACUGUGCCUGUCAAACAAUGAAGCAGAUGAGCCAAUCUUGCAACAGACGUAG